AUGAGCUCUAGUCCUGCAGCGCGCCCAGCCCCAGCUGAGUUAGCUCCUGGCCUGCCCCGCCGGACGGCCGUCAACCUGAGCACCCUGGCGCGGGGUACGGGCGUGCGGGGCCCUGCGGGCCGGCCGGUGCUCGCAUUGUUGCUGCUCCUGGCGCUGCCCGCUGGCGCCUGGUACAAGCACGUGGCGAGUCCCCGCUACCACACAGUGGGCCGCGCCGCGGGCUUGCUCAUGGGGCUGCGCAGCUCGCCCUACAAGUGGCGCCGAGCGCUGCGCCCCGCUGCUGGGUCCCUCGCCUGGGACACCCAGGGCCUGGGCGCGUCCCCCCAGGGGCUAUCUGCCAAAGACACCCUCUCUCCGGCGCCCGUCCCCCGCGGUGCUCUCCUGCUGUCCUCGGGGGUUCGGGAACUGUUGGAGAUGGGACGCAGGUACUCCCGCGCAGGGCUCGAACUGCGGGCGCGAACUGCGCCGCCCGAGCCCGAACUGGAGCCGCGGCUGGGCGCCCAUUCCUGGACCUCCGUGAAGCGGGACAGAGCCUUCAGAGUGUAUCCUGUUCAGCCAUGGUCUGCGCAGUGAACCACCUUCGCCGGCCCCCACCUCUCCCCAGGGCCAUCCUGAACGCAGCCCUUGCUGGUGACGCCCCCUCAUCUGACCCAGGAGUCUACUCCUCCUCCUGGGCGAACAGCUCUGGCCAGGCCAGGUGGUCUGGUCAAUAAAAGCUGCCUGG